AACUAUACUAUGUCCAUUGUUUUACCUAGUUUACCCACCGGUGCUGAAGGCCCCGUCGUCAAGGCCAAGGUUACCACGCCCGUGCGUCGUCCCAUCGAGCCCGUCGGCCGCUACUUCCUCUCCCACGCCACCAGAACCUUGAGAGGUCACACCUGGUCUGAGUACGAGAAGUUGGAAGCUGAAAACAACGUCACUGCCGUCGAAGAAAACGUCGACGAUGACAUCGGUGACGAGGAUCAAGAUGAAGAGUUGUUGGAACACGACCCCAGAGACUGGAAAACUGCCGACUUGUACGCAGUGUUGGGAUUGUCCAAGUUAAGAUGGAGAGCCACCGAAGACCAGAUCAGAAGAGCCCACAGAAAGCUGGUUUUAAAACACCACCCAGACAAGAAGUCUGCUUCAGGAGGCUUGGACCAGGAUGGUUUCUUCAAGAUCAUCCAGAAGGCGUUUGAGGUGAUGUUGGAUCCAGUCAAGAGAAGACAAUUCGACUCUGUGGACGAGAACGCUGAUGUCAAGCCACCUUCGCCAAAGAGCCAAUACGACUUUAUUGAUGCCUGGGCGCCUGUUUUCGAGGCCGAGGGGAGAUUUUCCAAGACACAGCCUGUGCCUUCAUUGGGCACCAUGGACUCUACCAAGGAAGAAGUUGAAGGAUUCUAUGGAUUCUGGGGUAAAUUUGACUCCUGGAAAACCUUUGAAUUCAAGGACGAUGAUGUUCCUGAUGACACCGCCAACAGAGACCACAAGCGUUACAUUGAGCGUAAGAACGUCUCCAACAGAAAGAAGUUGAAGCAGGAAGACAAUAAGAGGGUCAUUGCCUUGAUCGAAAGAGCGUAUUCGGAAGAUCCAAGAAUCAAGAUGUUCAAGGAUGAGGCAAAGAAGGAGAAGGAAAGAAAGAAGUGGGAGAAGGAAGCCGGUAGUAGAAAGGCUGCUGAAGAGGCUGCUGCCAAAAAGGCUGCUGAAGAAGAAGCUGCUAAAAAGGCUGCUGAAGAGGCUGCUUCUGCUAAGCUUACUGGUAAAAAGGCCAAAGAAGCCGCCAAAAACGCCAAAAAGAAGCAAAAGAGAUCCAUUAGAGGUUGUGGUAAAGAUGCCGAUUACUUUGGUGAUGCCGGUAAAGCUAGUGAUGUUGAUGCUGACUUGGAUUUGAUUGUCGACAAGUUGGACGAUGUUCAAUUGGCUGAUGUAGCUGCUAAAGUCACCGGUGUGGAUGCUGCUGGUGUCAAGAGUGCUAUUUCUGCCGCUGCCGAUGAAUUAGCUGGUGCCGGUAAGUUGGACAAGUCCUUCUUGAAGUACUUCUCGUAAGUUUUCAUAACUCUAUACAACCAAUAUACUAUACAAGUUAUUAAUGCGAAUCUUCACAUUCCCGGGUUUCUCCACAAACGUACGUUCUUACUCUUCGUCAUCUGAUACUUCAAUCUUCUUACCCAAGACCGAUCCUUUCAAAUGGUAGUGCUGCUUUCUCAUCUCCUCAAACUUCUGAUGUUUCUCCUUCGCUGUUAAUGGCUUUUCUGGCUCUGGUUCGUCUUGCUGGGCAUUUUGGUCCUGGAGAAUCUCCCCACCUCCAAGAGAUUGUACCUUGUGGGUAUCGUGUUCCGCCGAUUCGCCCAAUUCAAACCCAGGGAUUUCCUCUUCAUCAUCGUCUUGAUAGUAUUCCCCCGUAGGAUCAAAUCCUCGCUCAUACGGAGUCUUGGGCUCAUCUAUCUUCAUGGUGGCAGCCUUCUCUUGCUCAGUCUGGUACAAAUUCACCUCGUCCCACUUCAAGUGAUCGGGAUAUGUCUUUUUACCUUGAUCCAGUUGUUGCUUCUUUGCAACAGCGAUCUUAUUGCGUAUCAAGUCACCUUUGGAGUUCAGGUUCUGGGCCAAAUUGGAGUUCAACCGUGUGUUCCUUAUGACCUCUUGGCGAUCCAACUUGUCACUUGAAGUGUGUUUGGGCUCGACCUCGGCCUUAUUUCUUAAAAUUCCUCUUGGUUCGUCCAUCCUUUUCAGUUUA